UUCAUUGCGGACACCAACAUCAGAGGCGCUGUUACCGCUCGACCGAGUGUCAACUAGUCACAGUAUUUAUGUUUUCAUCGUCUCAAUUUGUUUAGGUGGAGUAGCACGACAAAAAAAGAGUAGAAAAAAUGUCUAGCAAAAAUAGCGAGUUGAAAAUUAUGCCAAAGGCAAUUGUUUGUGAAUGUGAUGACAGUACUUUCUCCGGUGAUAUCACCGUCUCCAGUGGAUGUAUCAUUCAUCCCCGUGUGACGAUCAUCGCCAAAUCCGGACCAAUUAUCAUUGGUGAGAAUUGCCUUAUCGAAGAGUACACAACGAUUAUCCAUGACACGGGCGAAGACACAAGUUCAAUGGCAAAACCACCUGUUUUGGUCAUCGGCCCGAAUAAUGUGUUUGAGGUGGGCUCACGCGUGGAAGCGCUGAAAAUUGGCGAGAAAAAUCUAUUCGAAUGCAAAUGCUAUGUUUCAUCAGCGGUUAAAGUGACGAAUAGUUGUAUUAUUGGAGCCGGUUGCCAGUUGAUUGGCGAACAAACACUGGCUGAAAACACCAUUAUUCAUGGCAAAAAUUGCGCUGAACGGGAAUCUAUCGAAAAGUCCGUGUCUCACUCGCUUCAACUGGUUUUCCUUCGAAAGCUACUACCAAACUAUCACUUACUACGGAAGGCAACAUUCGAUCCGAAAAAAUUCAAAGGACAAAUUUAGUUAAACAUUUCCAGCUAUUUAUAAAUUGAAACGAAAAUAAAAGAAUUUAAAACAAAACACAAAAGGUUGUAGUUUAACAAAAUCGGUAGUUUUAAAAAGGUUGAACGCACCCUGUAACACAUA